AUGUUCAGAAAGGAAGUGGUUUUCAAGCCAGAAAUACCCCUCUCUCAGCACCUCUCUCACCUCAGAGUAAACACGUUGCAGGCAGAGUGCUGUGCUCAGGAGAGUGCCAGAGAGCGUAACUCUCUGUACUACGUCUACACGGCCCUGUCAAAGCCAGUCUCUGCUCCUGGCAUCUUUGAGUUUACUGCCAUGGGACUACUGGACGGAGUAAAGAUCGAUUACUACAACAGCGUGGACAAGGUCAAAGUCCCUCAACAGGACUGGAUGAAAGCCAAGCUGCCAGCUGACUACUGGGAGAAAGGGACUCAGUCUCGCGUGAGUAAGGAGCAGUGGUUUAAGGUCAAUAUCAACAUUCUGAUGGAGCGCAUGGGACACAACACAUCUGAUCUCCACACUCUAAUGUGGAUACAUGGCUGUGAGGCUGUCGGAGAGCCAGGCGCUUCUCUUCAGUUUGUGAAAGGUGUUGAUGAGUAUGCCUAUGAUGGCUUGGACUUUCUCUCGUUUGAUGACGACUCAAUGCAGUGGGUGGCACCUGUCAAUGCUGCUCUACUAACAAAACGGAAGUGGGAUGACGUGCCGAUCCUCAACCAGUACACCAAGGGCUACCUGGAGAAGGAGUGUGUGGAGUGGAUGGAUAAAUUCUUGACGUACGGGGACCAAGAAUUCCAGAAACGGCUUACGGAUCAUCCACCAAUUCCUCACCUCUUGAUUAAACAUAGUAGGCCUUCUUCAGAUAGAUACAAGUUAACCUGUAUGGCCACCAGCUUCUAUCCAAAGGACAUCAAGAUUUCCAUUCUGAAGGACGACUGGCCUGAGUGCGAUGGCCACUUGAAUGAUGUCCUGCCCAAUGGGGACGGAACAUACCAGGUCAGGGUGAGUGUGACUGCGAGCAAGUCACAAGCUGAUGCCUAUCAAUGUAAGGUGGCACAUGGGUCCUUAAGCAACCCCAUUGUAGUCAAGUGGAAUCUAGAAGUUACUACCCCACAGCCACUGUCCACCGCCACCUACGGAGCCACCCGCCAUCCCAGACUAUGGACUACGGAGGGCACUGUUGAUGAAACCCCUCAGCUGAACACAGCCACACUGGCCAAGACUGGCUCCCAGAGCUGCGCUGUUUGGGCGCUGGUCACUGCAUUACCAGUGAUGCUUCAUGCAUUGAUUUAA